AUGGCAACAGAAGAGCUAACAAGAGUCCUUGGCCACCCAGGAAAAUUUCAAGUCCUGUUAACCGCACUUCUUUCAUUAAACAAUGUAUUUGUAUGUUGGAAUCACCUUGGAAUGGCGUUCCUUGCGGCCAAAACUAAACAUCACUGUACGGUGAAAAAUUCUUCAGACAUCGGCCAUCUUGUACCGUUAGUUAAGAAGAAUGGAAAAGAACAGUGGGACGGGUGUAAAUUAUACUCAAAGUACAACAGUUCUGAAAAAGUCGAAUGUUCAAGUGGAUGGACUUAUUAUCUUCCUGACAGAGAACAAACUAUCAUCUCUGAG